AUGCCGGGGGGCAAGAGAGGGCUGGUGGCACCGCAGAACACCUUCCUGGAGAACAUCGUCCGGCGCUCCAGCGAAUCCAGUUUUUUGUUGGGAAACGCCCAGAUUGUGGACUGGCCUGUAGUUUACAGUAAUGACGGAUUUUGCAAACUCUCUGGAUACCACCGAGCUGACGUCAUGCAGAAGAGCAGCACUUGCAGUUUUAUGUAUGGUGAACUGACAGACAAGAAGACCAUUGAAAAAGUCAGACAGACUUUCGACAACUAUGAGUCAAACUGCUUUGAAAUUCUCCUCUACAAGAAAAACAGAACCCCAGUUUGGUUCUACAUGCAAAUUGCACCUAUAAGAAAUGAGCACGAAAAAGUGGUUUUGUUCUUGUGCACUUUUAAGGAUAUCACUUUAUUCAAGCAACCAAUUGAAGAUGAUUCAACAAAAGGCUGGACCAAGUUUGCCCGGCUGACGCGGGCGCUGACCAACAGCCGGAGUGUCCUGCAGCAGCUGACGCCGAUGAACAAGGCUGAGGUGGUGCACAAGCACUCCCGCUUGGCUGAAGUUCUCCAGCUGGGAUCUGAUAUUCUUCCUCAGUACAAGCAAGAAGCUCCAAAGACUCCCCCACACAUUAUACUCCACUAUUGUGCUUUUAAGACCACCUGGGACUGGGUCAUCUUAAUUCUAACCUUCUACACAGCAAUCAUGGUUCCAUAUAACGUGUCCUUCAAGACAAAGCAGAACAACAUUGCCUGGCUGGUGCUGGACAGCGUCGUGGACGUUAUUUUUCUGGUUGACAUAGUUUUGAACUUUCACACCACCUUUGUUGGCCCUGGGGGAGAGGUUAUAUCUGAUCCCAAGCUCAUAAGGAUGAACUACCUGAAGACGUGGUUUGUGAUUGAUCUUCUGUCCUGUUUACCAUAUGACAUCAUCAAUGCCUUUGAGAAUGUGGAUGAGGGAAUCAGUAGCCUCUUCAGCUCCUUAAAAGUGGUGCGCCUUCUGCGGCUGGGUCGGGUGGCCAGGAAGCUGGACCAUUACCUGGAGUAUGGUGCUGCUGUGCUGGUGCUCUUGGUGUGCGUGUUUGGGCUGGUGGCCCACUGGCUGGCCUGCAUCUGGUACAGCAUUGGGGACUACGAAGUGAUCGAUGAACUGACCAACACCAUCAAAACAGACAGCUGGCUCUACCAGCUGGCCCUGAGCAUCGGGACCCCAUAUCGCUACAACACCACGGGCUCGGGCCAGUGGGAAGGAGGGCCCAGCAAAGACUCCUUGUACAUAUCCUCCCUCUACUUUACCAUGACAAGCCUUACAACCAUAGGAUUUGGGAACAUAGCACCGACCACUGAUGGGGAGAAGAUUUUUUCGGUGGCCAUGAUGAUGGUUGGCUCUCUUCUUUAUGCAACUAUUUUUGGAAACGUCACCACCAUUUUCCAGCAAAUGUAUGCCAACACCAACCGGUACCAUGAGAUGCUGAACAAUGUGAGGGAUUUCCUAAAAUUAUAUCAAGUCCCAAAAGGCCUUAGUGAAAGAGUCAUGGAUUACAUUGUCUCAACCUGGUCCAUGUCUAAAGGAAUCGACACAGAAAAGGUCCUCUCAAUCUGCCCGAAGGACAUGAGAGCAGACAUCUGCGUGCACCUGAACCGGAAGGUUUUCAACGAGCACCCUGCCUUCCGGCUGGCCAGCGACGGCUGCCUGCGAGCUCUGGCCGUGGAGUUCCAGACCAUCCAUUGUGCCCCGGGGGACCUCAUCUACCACGCUGGGGAAAGCGUUGAUGCUCUCUGCUUUGUGGUCUCAGGAUCCUUGGAAGUCAUCCAGGACGACGAGGUGGUGGCUAUUUUAGGUAAAGGUGAUGUGUUUGGUGAUAUCUUCUGGAAGGAAACCAGCCUGGCCCAUGCAUGUGCCAACGUUCGGGCUCUGACCUACUGCGAUUUGCAUAUAAUCAAGCGAGAAGCCUUGCUGAAAGUGCUGGACUUUUACACUGCUUUCGCCAACUCCUUCUCGAGGAACCUCACGCUCACCUGCAAUCUGAGGAAGAGGAUCAUCUUCAGGAAGAUCAGCGAUGUCAAGAAGGAGGAAGAGGAGCGCCUGCGCCAGAAGAACGAGGUGACGCUGAGCAUCCCUGUGGACCACCCCGUGCGGAAACUCUUCCAGAAAUUCAAGCAGCAAAAGGAGAUGCGCAAUCAAGGCUCGACCCACAUCGACCCCGAGCGGAACCAGCUGCAGGUGGAAAGCAGGAGCGUGCAGAACGGGGCCUCCAUCACGGGCACCAGCGUGGUCACCGUGUCCCAGAUCACGCCCAUCCAGACCACCUUGGCCUACAUGAAAACCAGCGAGGCCGUGAAGCAGAACAACCGCGACGUGAUGGAGCUCAAGCCGAACGGAAACGGAGAGCAGAAAUGCCUCAAAGUGAACAGCCCCAUGCGGAUGAAAAACGGGAAUGGGAAGGGCUGGCUUCGGCUGAAGAACACCAUGGGCGCCCACGAGGAGAAGAAGGAGGACUGGAACAACGUCACAAAGGCCGAGUCCAUGGGGUUGCUGUCCGACGACGCCAAGUCCAAUGACUCGGAGAAUGGUGUUAAUAAAAACCCCCUGAGGAAAACAGACUCUUGUGACAGUGGGAUAACAAAAAGUGACCUUCGCUUGGAUAAAGCUGGUGAGACUCGCAGCCCCCUGGAGCACAGCCCCAUCCAGGCGGAUGCUAGGUGUCCUUUCUACCCCAUUCCUGAGCAGGCCUUACAAACCACGCUGCAGGAAGUCAAGCACGAACUCAAAGAAGAUAUCCAGCUGCUAAGCAGUAGGAUGGCUGCCCUUGAGAAGCAGGUGGCAGAAAUUUUAAAAAUAUUGUCUGAAAAGAACGUAUCCCAGCUCUCUUCCCCCAAGUCUCAUUUAUCACCCCAGUCCCCUCCCCAGAUACCCUGUCAGGAUAUUUUUAGUGUUUCAAGGCCUGCAUCACCUGAAUCUGAAAAAGAUGAAAUCCACUUUUAGCAUAUACCUAUGUGUAUAUAUGUAUACAGUAUAUAUGCAGAGGUGUAUAUAUACCUUUAUACAUAUAUAUAUAUAAAUGUGUGUGUAUACGGUAAAUAUAUAUACAUAUAUAUUUUCACUUGCAUCCAAUAUGACUUGAACACACCAAGGAUUUUGAUAUGUAAAUAUUGCAUGUCCAGCUGGAUUCUGGCCUGCCAAAGAAAGCAAUUAUUAACAUAGAUAUUGCUUGUAUAUUAUGCAGUUGACUGCAUGCACACUUUACAUUUAUUUAUAAUCUCUAUUAUGUAAUAAAAGAAUGACUUUUGUUUAACAAAGGCAAUGUACUAUUUAAAGAAUCAGGGUCUAACCUGCCAAUAUUGCCAUGACAGUUUUGAUCUCAGGCUGGGUGAAUUGAGCUUUUAUUUCCUCACUGUCUUUUCUGCCAAGUUAAACAGUAGAUUAAUAUGACGUGAAGGACACGUUCAGACUCCUGUUAGUAUUGUUUGUUUCCUGGUAUCAUUCCAUGACAAUAUACUGUAUAUUUGGUGAUGAAUUCCCCUACUCCUCCUAAAUGGAGGGCUCGGCUCAGUGGGCAGGAAAGGGCACCGUGCCUGGUGCUAGGGUGGAUCGCUGGAAUUUAUUUGUGUGGGUAUUGUGCAUGCACAGCCUUUUAUUUCAAGUAUCCUCCUGCUCUUUUAACAUCGUAAGUAAGAAAUAAUAAUAAUAAUAAGAAUAAUAACAAUGGUGAUUUAUGUAACAAAAUGAAACUAACAGAAACUCUCUCAGUUGCACUCCCUGAGUGUUUGGGGGUAACUUCUUUCUUGAAAGCCUCCUUUUACUGAUGCCAUUUUUACUGAACUGUUAGAGUAACAUUAUGUAAAUUCUCUUUGCAACACUCAGUGGUGGUGUCCGGUUCUGUCAGUAUCUUCAUUAGCAUGUCCCAUUUUUGUGGGGUUGUGGUUGCUCUCCCACUGUCUCCCCCAUUGCCUCUGGCAGAAAGACUUUGCACGAGGUCUGAGCAAGGGACAGAGCACUCGUAGUUCAGCUUGGGAACCACGAGAGCAGGUUUGAAAGCCUGAAGUUAAAAGGCUGCAGUAAAUCCCCCUCCACUCUCUUUCAUGAGGACGUUUAUCAGUCUGCAGCUGCCUUUAGAAAGAGAGAAAAUAACUGGUCAGGAUGUAGUUCUCUGUAGUGCGAGGUGCUUGGAUGAUGAUGUGUGGCUGGGAGAGUGGUGGAUGUGCUGGGGGGCUGGAGGCCUGCCUGGAGUGCUGCUCGUGCCUUGGGCUCGUGCAUGGAGGUUUCAGUGAGCAGUUUGCAGUGCCCACAGGUCCCACACGUACUGAGUCCCUCAGGUUGGUGUCAGAGGCUCUGUCCCUCCUCUUAGCUGACUCCCAGCCUUGGGCUGUGCUCAGACUCCCUCUCCACCUCCUGGGCUGGAACUGCUGGUUUUGCAGGGCUGCAGCAGGGCAGGCUUUGCACUGGAUCUUGUUUGAUCUCCUGUUUGGAGCUGGACUUUUGGACUCUGCCCCUGAGUGUGGUAAGGGUUUUUGCCCCUCCAUUUGCACUGGUUUGAAUCCAAGUACACAAGAUGCGUAGCAGAAAUUGCCAUUGAAGCUUCAGAGAUGUUACCUGGUGUAGUUUGAGGCCAGCCCAGCAGAGCACAGUGGCUCCUUCAGAGAAGGAUUCCCCCUGGCUCUGGCUUAAAUGACCUCUUGUAUCAAGAUCCUGUGUUUUCAAAAGUGCCUGGAGAAAAACAUGUGUGUACCACAAGGCAUCACUAUGAUUCAGGUAUAUCAAAUAUGUGGGUAUAAUUAGUGAGCAUUCUAAACACACACCAGUAUUAGAUCCAUUUUUUAACAUUAGAGAACUAGACUAAACAAAUCACAUUCUGAAAAACUAAAAAAAAUCCCUAAAACCCAAACAAACCAUCAUUUGCUGUAGUGGCAAUUAGGAAUCUACAUCUUAGAGUGAACAUAUCUUCUUCAUAUUGUAAAAUCCAAACCCAUAGAGCUCCAAAAGCUCAUAAGAAAGCCAGAGAAGUCAUUGCUUCUGUUGUAUCAACUCAUGGAAGCUUUUUGGGAGAUGAUAGUUUUUCCUGUCCUGUUUCUGCUCCUUUCUUUAGGAAAUUAGAGAUGCCAAAAAAAAAAAAAAAAAAAAAGGGGAAAGAACAAAAGCCACAGUAGGGGACAGCUCUUCCCAAAGCCUGGUGGUCCGGCCACCCACUAAUUUUAGUUCUCUGCAGCUGCAGUUGCCUCUGUCAGAAUUUUCAGCUGUAUUUUGCAGCUGCUGUUCUGACAGGAGUGCAAAUCCAUGACUCUGCAGCCAUGGUUUGGACUGCAAGAACAACCUGCACCUGCAAAACAACAGGACUUCCCAUUCCUGUGAUAAGUCCCACCCUGGGACUCUGAAAGAAUGGGGGGGUUAUGGGGUUAGGGAGUUACAGGGUUGCUGCAGGAGUCUGCACAGACCUUGUGGUACAGUUUAAGUGCCAAGAUGUCAAGUGUUGAAUGUUCUUGCCUGACUUGGUCUGCUGGUUAAGACAGACACACAGCCACUGCCCAGAGCUGCCUGGUGAAUAGCUGAGCCACUCAGGCUCAGUCUGGGGGCCAUGCUUUGUUAAAAUUCCUGGAAUGCAUGAACCUGCCAUGAAGUGAUGCUGAUAAAGAGACAGCAGGAUAAUGGGGGUUGGCUUUGUUAGAAAGCUUUAGCCUUAAUGGCAUUCCUCUGCCUUUGUGACAGACUGCUUUUCUUUCUCUAUGACUGAUAUUAAUUCUAGGUAGAACUGCAUGGCAUGCAAAGGGAUCUCUGUUUAGGUUUAUCUUGCAAGUCAGGUGUAACUUUGUGCCACUUUACAAUGAGAGAAUGUGUUAACAGGAUUAGUCUGACCUUGAAAAUCAUUUGGGCAGGCGCAGAAUGUCUAUUACAGUUCAAGUGCAGCUUGAGUGGUUCAAAUGUGUAGUGAGUGGCUAAAUAGUGUAAAAUACCAAGUUCAUGAAACAAAUACAGUGUCUCCAGGUCUAUUUCUAGUGCUGCUUUGACUCUGAUAUCCCAGCUCUGUUGAUUGCAAGUUCAGUGGAACCAGCUUGUACCUUGCACAAAGCAGUGGUGUGUGUGAUGGGUGCCCUGCAGGCACAGCCUGUGGAUGGGCUGUCCCAGGCUCUGUGUGCUGGGGGUGGCCCUGUUUGUGGGGUUGGCUAUGGCUGGUGCCAUUCUGAAGGACUUUGCCUCCAAAAUCCAUGUUGGGAGCAUUACAUGUUGCUUCAUGGAGUCGUCAGCAGUUUGUCCCCUGUCCCCUCAUGUUGUGCAUGAUGCGAUGAGUGACUGGGGCUUUCCUUCUCUGUUAAAAAGCAUGUUUCACAGUCCUGUAUUCAGGCUGGACUGAUAGCAACCACCUGUAGUCAUUAAGUGCAAUAAGAACACCAAGGUGUCACUUCCACCCAGGCCAGUGCUCAAGCAGUGACACACCAUGAGGCAGUGCAUGCUUUCCUUUCUUUUCCUGUAAGAGCUCAAAACCUGUACAGAUGUUCCUGCCAGAUGCCGGGAGCAGCAUCCUUAAGCACCUACCCUGUGCUUGUGUGUCCAAAGCAUUUUACCUGCACAUGAGUGGAUUUUAUCUUUCUGGACUUUGGAAUAGAAAUAAAACAUGUACAGAAAAUGUGUACAGAAAAGUAAACACUUCCCAAAGCAAAUGAACUAGAGUACUUUUAACAGCUUUUUUUUUUUUUGUGUAAUGUUGUGUAUAAGAAAUAGAACAGCACUUCAGGAUAAUGACUGGAAAAAAAAAAUUGUUGUAGUGAGGAUUCAGUUCUUCUGAAUUUGUAUUUGUAAAUCCUUUUUUUUUCCCCCUAUUUUUGCCAGGGCACGGGGGUUAGAGCAGAGCUGAUUCUGGAAAUGACAAACUUUAGCUUUGUCCACUUCUUUUCUGUGUUCUGCAGAAGUAGCACAACUAUAGUGGCUUGAUGCUGCACCAAAGUUUGGGCUCAUCACUAGACUCAAGUUCAGUCUUCAUUUCCCACCACAUGGAAAGUAACCCUGUUGCACAGGUGGGAAGGUUGAAUCUGAUAAUCAGAUCAGACUUUAAUAUGUAUUUUGGAUCCCAGGACAGUUGCAGAGGAUUGGAAGCUGCAGAAAUAACGUUGUACUCUUUGCAAAGCCAAGAGCAGUUGCCCUGGAAGUAACUGAGACUGUUCCACAGACGUCAUCAUUGCCUGGGUCAGAAAACAGAUGUUGGGCUCAUGGAAUAGCUUAGAGGCCUUUGGGGGGAAAAGAUGUCCUGAACUGGAAGAGAAAACAAAAAAAAAAAGGUCAAAGGAAUAAUAUGGAAUUUGGGAGUGAGGACAUAGAGGGAUAUAUUGUUAGAAAUUUACUCUUUUUUUAUUUGGAUUUUGAGCAUUUAGAAAACUCAAGCCUAUCUUUUUGGAUGUCAGAAUUAGACAGAUUGUCUUUUAAAAUAAAUACUUUUUUUCCUUAAGUGAGGUGGUGUCAAAGUGAUACCUGGUUUAUUUUUUAAAAAAAGGUUUUCAAAUACCAUUUUCCUGCAGAGCAGGGUUUGAAUGGGUUUUGUUAACAUUGCUCUUUAUAGGCUGUAGGAGGAAAAGUUUGAUCCAUCUAGAUUUCCACAUCUGGGAAAUCUGGGAAUAUUUUUUAUAACUCUCCCUUUUUUUUUUUUUUUUUUUUUUGGUGCAAGUGGAUAAUACAAUCUCUGCAUGUUUUAUUUGGUUUAAUACGCUAUGGUGCAUUUUCAAAUGAAAUAUGUUCUUAAAGCAAAGUGCUGAAUGGAGCUAAACCUGACAAAAAGUCCACAUUUUUCUGGCAGAGAAGCAGGAAAUGUUCUUACUGACAUAAAGAAUAUUGUGCAAAGAUCAGUUCUGCGAUAUCUGACUAAUGACAAACAAACUAAAAUCAUCCUUACUGAGGGUGCAUUUAGCCAGGCAGAAAAUUGACCUUGUAGUGCACAGUGGGACAAGAAGGCACAUAUUGAUUUUGUAUACUCAAAUAGCAGAAGCAUUUAAAAAGGGCUUGACCAGGCCAUGCUGAAUAAAUUGUAUUUAUUUCUUAUAUUAUGUUAAUCAGCCCCCUGAUGCAUGGCACAUGAAACCAGGAAUCUGAGGCAGUGUUCUCACAAACCUUUUUAUCUGUUUUCUGUAAAGCAGAUAAGUUCUUUUCUUUGUUAUUUUCUUCUUGGAGAUGAAAGCUUGUUUAGCCCACAAUCUGAGACUACUGGUGUGCACCAACUCUGUGUCUGGCUGUCUGCCAUGAAUACAUCAAUUAGCCUUAAUUAAAAGCCCUAUAAAAAGGAUUUUGUGCUAGGUUGGGCUCAGCCCUCCCUGCUCCAGGACAGGAUGAGGCUGGCAGACCUUUCUGGGGUGACAGCUGUGGGACAGGGAAAGUCCAUUAAAGGAUACUCAAAUAUGUGCUGUUAGAGGAAAAUGUGGGCUUCAGAUGAGCCAAAGCUCUUCCAGUAUCCCAAAAACCUAUUGGAAAGGGGAAUAUAGUAUCUAAAUUAUGUAGCAUCAGUGUAUGGACUCUGUAUUUGCAGGUGGCCCUGCAAUGAGCAGAGGGGGUUGGACCAAGUGAUUUCCAGAAAGUCCCGAGUUCUGUUUCAUCAUUUGGUGAUUCUGUAGAUUUUAAUAGCACUAACAGAAGGUAAAAUUUGAAGGUUUUUAGUUAUGCCCUACUUUUUUUUUCUGGUUUUCAGUUUAAAUACCAUGCGGAGGAGCAUGUUGCCAGUUUUCAAGAUAAUAGCUGUGAGAGCCAAUACUCAUCAAACAGACAGCAGAGAAAUCUGGCAUAUUCUAAAACUAUGGCAUAUAAAUAAAUUAAGCAUUUAGUUGGCCACCAGCUAAAAUCCACACUUGGUGCCAAACACUGAGAAAAAUGUCUCAGUGACUAUGCAGUUUUUGGAAGCAGUGGGCUGAUAUGGAUACAGCAACAACACCCACACCCUCUUCCAGCCUCUUCUCCAGUCCAGUGAAAGGUGAUUACAGUGUCUGAAAAUGCCAUCAAAAUAUCAAUAGCAUUUGAGCUGGUUUUCAGUGGGAAAUGUGCAGGUUCCUCAUUAGUGGCUGGAUCUGGAGGUGAUUCUCAUCUCUCUGGAUUCUCAUCCCUCUGGAUUCUCAUCCCUCUGGAUUCAGCCCGUUCCUCUCAUGGUAUGUGGACACCAUUGAUGAAAAGACCUGGGCUUGUCCAAUGGGUCUGGGCACAUUCCUGGGGUCUGCCCAAGCCCCAUUCCCAGGCUUACUCCCUGCCUGUCUGGGCACAUUCAAAGGUUUACACCUGGCUCUGUUAUUAGAUGUUUUCCCAGACUCUGUAACCUCCUCAGUCUCUAUGAUGGCUCACAGGGCUGCUCACAAAAUCCUUCCCAAUCUGCGGCUUAGCAACAAGUCUCCAAAUUAAACAGGAAUAAUAGGGCAAGGCUUCUGCCAUUCUCAGGGCAUUAUUUUAUUAAACAAACCUUCAUUUUUAUUGUAUUGUGUUGUAUUGUAUUUCUGGCCAUUUUAUUUUAUUUUAUUUAUUUUUUAUUUAAUAUUUUAUUUAUUUUAUUUAUUUAUUUUUAUUUUUAAAUUUUGUUUUAAUUUUAUAAUUUGUGGCCCUUUUGUACACUCUUGAGCAGCGCAUUGUUACACAGAACUGCAGGGACUGGGGUGUUUGUGGGUUUUAAGGAGCCACUUUGAGAAGGGGAACUGGAGUGAGACACCAGCUUCUGCCACGUGUGUGACCAUUCCUACUCCAGUUACACUUUGGGUGAACUUCAGCCCUAGCAGCAAUUUGAACCAGUGCCAUGUAGUGAUAGUAAAAUUUCUGUGUAUUUCCUCAGGCAAACCUAGGGCUCUGCUCAGCUUCUCCACGUGUCCUCUGCCAAGACAUGUGGGCACUUUCCUCUUCUGGACUUGUUUUCAGUAGAGUUUCCUGACACGUUCCAGCUCUUUUCUCUGUCACCACUUCUAUUUCCUAAAAAUAGGGGGGAAAAAAAAGAAAAAAAAAAAAAAGCACUUUCUGACUAAUCAUUGGGAAUUCACUUGCAUCCAAGGCUGCUGCCAGGACCAUUAGUUGGAGGUCACAGUUCAGUUUGUAAAUUGGGUGUCUUAUCUGAGCUAUCAUGGAAAAAGGCAUUUUUUUUUUCUAAAGGAAAACAAAAUUUCUGCUCUGCUUCUAAUUAGUCCUCUGUUGUCCCUGCAGGAUUAAUUACUGCCUUCUUCACUCGGAUCAUCAAAUGCUAUUUGGCAACAGCUUAUUUUCUUUUUUUUUUUAAAUUUUAUUUUAGGUAUAAUUAGGAGUCCUGGCAUUACAAACAAGCCCAGUCAGGUUGUACCUUAAAAUUUCAGAGCUAAAAUAUCACCUCAGCUAGUAGUUUAUGCCCAGCUUUUGAAUGCCAACAGCCCCAUUGCACUCAGUGCAUGUUCAGAGCUCAUCCCUUUGAGGUCAUCAGUAGGUGAGUGUGAACAUCCUUCUCCUGAAAUCAAUCACAGAAGGGGUUUUAUUCUGCAGGAUCCUCCCACAAUGGGACUUUUAGAAAAGGAUUAUGGGUGCGAGGAUGCAAUGGCACCUCCCAGCUCUUCCUGCUGCCUGUUGAUGGUCUGUAGAUUCCCAGACACAUCUCUUUUCUAUUAAAAGGAAGGGCUGAGGGCCACCAACUGCCUCAUUCUAUCAAGUGGUAAAUUGAAUUUAUCGGGUGAGAGAGGCAGUAGCCAGCAAUAAGGCAGGAUUUAGGUGUUAAAAGUCUGCCUGGUGGGAAUUGGGCAAGCUACCAGAAAGACAAUAAAGGAUUUAUCUGGCAAUGCAUGCCAAAGGAAUGCUAAACUUCUGAGCAGGAGAAUUUAUUGAUACCAGUGGAAAAGCUCAUUAGCGCUGAAGUGCGAGGCAGGUCUGUAAACGUUCCUUUCAGCUGUCCCAGUAAAAUCCCUGCACUCAGACAAGGGGAGCUGUGGCUCAUUUCUGUGGAGGGUACGACUGGCUAAUGAGCUUUCCCAGAAAACUUGCACACAAACCAUGUUUUCUCCAAUGUAAUAGUUGGCACUAUUUCCCUUCCGUGGGCACAUUUCACAGCUGGCCUCAGUGUCAGCCUCCCCCUGCCCCUGGUUUCACAGGGAUUCAGAGAUGCUCCUAAAGCUGCUGCUGCAGCAUUUCUCCUAGGGCAGAUUUAUUCUCCCCUUUACUUGUUGAUUGUUGAUUAUUUGCCCUUUAAGAGAUCUGCAGCCCUGUAAGGGACGUGGGGCAGCUUGUGGGGCUGCAAGCAAGGUUCACCAUAUCUUGUCUGGAAAACAUGCCAGCCAUAAAAAUACUCUUGCUAACAGUUUAAAGCUCCAAUGCCUUAUCAGCACAGUUUAUGUAACAAAAUCCCAUUAGUACUGCCAACCACCCUCACAUGAAUUAGGACAUGAUAUGCUUCAUAAACCUUACAUACCCAUUGACUGUUCUUCUGCACAGAGACUUGGCUGGGCUUUUAUGUGCAGGUGUAGCUGCGUAUCUUGAGUUAAUUUUUGUGUUUUGAAAGCUACAUAAUAUGAAGCAGGAUAUUUUCCACAAUGAAAUGCAGUGUUUUCCUUCCUUAUUUGUUUGUUUAUAUCUUUUCUCUUUCUCUCUCCUUCCUUCCUGCCACGUUUUCUUGCCUAGACCAUUAGGCUAGCAAAUUGUAGAAAUGGGGAGAUUGAUUAAGUGAUGUUGCAUCAGCAGAUUUAAUGAGGUAAUGAUCUGUUUUGCUGUUUCUGUUCAGAAGAAAUAAUAUGCUAAUAAGAAUUGUAGCAAGAGCAGAUUUUUUAAUGUCCUGCUUAAAUACCAGCCAGUGACUGAGUGGUUCAGCAAAGUGGUCUCAGCAGAUCUUCUAAAUUGUGUUCUCUGUUUUGGAGGUAAAUAUUUUCAAGAUUUCAGCAUCUUGUGUAAAUAUUCCUUCUGAGGUCAGUGGAAGUCUUUCCAUUAAUUUCUCUAGCUCUAACCCAGUUCUUGCAGAGGGACCAGGACGCUGAGUCCCAGCGUGGGCUGAGCUUUCUCAAAACUGAGAACUGUGGGUACUAGAAUUUUAAUUUCAGGCCCUUGUCUAAUGCAAAUGGGUCCAAGAUUUCAUGCCCUACUAAAUGCUGCAUGCUGAAUGCAGAAAUGUAGAGAAUGUCUUUGAAGAUUGAGACAGCAAGGUGGAUUGCCAUAAAAAUCAGCUGACCCGAUCAGGGAAAGGGCACUUUUUAAUUAACACGUCUUGGAAUCCAAAAGACACAUUCUUGGUGUCUGAACUGUCAGUAAUUUCCAUCCAAAGUAACUGCUCAAAAUUCAUGGCUGUCUGGAAUAUCCUUGCACAAGCCAGAUAUGUACAUAAGCUGUGCAAACUCCCUGGGGAGAAGCACAGUUAAAAAUAAAGCUAUUAUUGCUCCCACAGAGAGAGAUGAUGACAAAGACAAGGGGCUGAGCACCAGGUGCUGUGAGGCUGAAUCCUGCCAUGCAGCCCUCCAUCUGAGCAUUGCUGAUCCAGCUGUGGGCAGAUGUGCUCAACUUUUGGGUCCUGUUCGUGUCCCCACCUGGAGCAGAGCAGAGCAGGGAAGGGGCAGCUUGUGGGGGGUUCCUGAGGUGUGGCCCCCACCCCAGACCAGGCUUUGAAGGCUGAAAUCCUGGUUUUGGGAGGGACACAUGGGUUUUAGGCUUCCUCCCCUGCCUCCCCCAUCCCUUUGAUAUGCUUAUGAGUUCCCACACAUUUAGGCAACUAGUCAUCCUAGGCUCCUAAAUGAAGAAAAAUCUAGGGAAUUAAUGCUGGGAAGAAAGAGGGACAAGGGGUGGGCAUGAUCUGUGCACCCUCAGCUUUGCAGUGGUGUCUGUAGAAGUAUCCUGGUAGGAGCAUGCUCACAGAAUAGUCACAAUUAGUGGCAGGGGGAGAUUAUUUUUUAAUGAAUUGUCAUGGCAGGGGACCUUAUUACAGUCAAAACAUUGUACUGGUUUUCUAGGUUUUUUUUCCUUAGGCUUCCCCCCCUCACCCAAAAUGACAACAAAACUAAACUGAGCAGGAGCUGCUGUACAAGCCUGCACAGAGAUGUUGAACCUAAAAACCAGCCUGCCCUCACAAGGUACCCACGGGGUGUGCUGAGCACCCCACCUUGGCAUAACCUGCCUUCUAUUUCCUUCUUUUUUUCUGCUGAAAUUGUAAUGUGAAUUUUUUUUCUUCCCUUUUAUCACCAGCUCUGCACUGUCCACCCCACAUUUGUGGCACAUUUGUGCUGUGGUGUGUCUCUCCACCCUCAAGCACCUAACAGGGACUAAUCCCUGGCUUGUGGACAUCUUUCCAUGAACAUUAGUAGGGCUUUGAAAGCAUAGUGAGCUUUAAAUCCUCCUCUUUUCUUUUUUUUUUUUUUUUUUUUUUUUUUUUUUACCUUGAGGUCCUUACUUUUUGUGUUCAAGUUUCAAGGUGUCCCAUUAGCUGAAAAAGCACCAGCUGGUACAAUUGUGUUUGUGCAACCCUCGUGGAGAAGUUGGGCAAAGCAACUGGUUUUAAAAGCUCAUGUUGGAAAACCUGAUCUACAGAGUGACUGCUGCUUUUGAAUGUAUGUGAUUCACAGACACGGGACUGUGGGGAGGAAAAGUAUUUUGAGAAAACUCUUUUUUUUGCAAGGAAGAAAUUGGGGAAAAGGGUUAUUGGUGGGGUGAUGUUUCUUUUGUUACUACUUGCUGCUCUUUGUACACUAGCCAAUGCAAAUGACAUUCAUGUUCCUGACAAUAUUUUUGAACAGCCCAGCUAUCUUUUUUGCUGUUGUUAAUAUACUGAGGAUUUGGGAGGAUUUUAAAUGCCUCUGCCUUUCAGGAUUAUUUCUACAAAAGCAAUUGAGAACUGUGUUUUGACAGCAGGAAGCUUAUAAAAACCUAGAGAAAAAAAAUAAAAUAAGGUGUUUGAAAGCGAACAGCUCUGAAAGGAAUGUAUCUCUGCUACCAUAUCUGAAACCUGCAAAGCAGUUGGGAAUUGCAUCAAGGAAGGACCAUCUUUCCACUGGAAAUCCCACAUCAGUUUGUGCAGAGUGGAUGCUCCCUUGGCCACCCGUGUGGCUGCCCAGGAGGAAGGUGUGGGAGAGCUUUUGUUGAUUGUGACUCUCCCGUCACUCCUGGACGUGUCCGCGUGUGCUCGGGGGAAAUUGGUUUAUCUGUGGGAAGCUUCUUGUUGCACUUUUCUGUUUGCUAAAAUUCAACAACAAGGAAAAUCGUGGGUCACUUUAAAGCAUUGGCAGACAACUGUUUCUAACCCAAAGGAAAAUGGGUUUUAGCACAAUGAACUGUACUUCUUCAGGGAGGAUAAAUGUUGAUUUUUUUUUUCCACACGUCUUUAUUUACAUGUGGCUAUAUUUUCAUUGAUACAGAAUAAAAAGUGCAUUUUAUUGACCUUGA